CGCAUUAGGACUUGAUUCUGCAAACCCUAACUCCAAAAGAUAUAUCACCCUCCGCACUUCCUCAGCCGAAACUGCAGAGCAGGGGAGCUCAACAAUGGGGGCUUACAAGUACGUGUCUGAGCUAUGGAGGAAGAAGCAGUCAGAUGUUAUGAGGUUUUUGCAGAGGGUGAGGUGCUGGGAGUACAGACAGCAGCCAUCCAUUGUCCGAGUGACACGUCCCACUCGCCCGGACAAGGCUCGUCGCUUGGGUUACAAGGCCAAGCAGGGUUAUGUGAUUUAUCGUGUGCGUGUAAGGCGUGGUGGACGUAAGAGGCCAGUUCCCAAGGGUAUUGUGUAUGGGAAACCCACAAAUCAGGGUGUUACCCAACUGAAAUUCCAAAGGAGCAAGCGUUCUGUUGCUGAGGAACGUGCUGGUAGGAAAUUGGGUGGUCUUAGGGUUCUGAACUCCUAUUGGAUCAAUGAGGAUUCUACAUAUAAGUACUAUGAGAUAAUCUUGGUUGAUCCUGCUCACAAUGCAGUUCGAAAUGAUCCAAGGAUCAAUUGGAUCUGCAAUCCUGUUCACAAGCACAGAGAACUCCGAGGACUUACUUCAGCUGGAAAGAAGUACAGAGGCCUCCGUGGCAAGGGACACUUGCACCACAAGGCAAGACCUUCAAGGAGGGCAACUUGGAAGAGGAACAAUACACUGUCUCUAUGUCGCUACCGUUGAACUUAGAGAACUUAGUAUUUUGUGUUUCUGUUUUGUUUUGGGAUACUUAUUUCUGUUGAAAGGAUUUUGCACACCAAGACAACUAAGUUUCAAUGUUUUUGUCAACAGUAUUGGGUUAUUUUCUCUUAAAAUUUGUUUCCAGAUUUAUUCUAGGUUAAAGUAUCUGUCAUGUCUUUCAGUGGGUUUUCCAUCUACUAUGUUGGUGAUGAGAAAUCUUUGACUAUUGUUUCUGCACCUUUGCAUCUAUUUUCUUCUAUGACCAUGUUGUCGGGAUGUGUGGCUAGUUUUCUUUCCUGCGAUGUUUUGUUUGUUGCUGUUUAAUGUCAUAGACUGCAGAAGCUUCA